UGAAUUCCACCAGCUCCUCGCUUUGCUCCGAGUGUCGCUGAACCAUGGAUGGCUGUUGGCAUUCUCCAGGCGCGCCGGCCGGCCACAGAAACGACCGCCUGCCGCCGCGGUGCGGCGAGCCCCAGAGGCCUUGGAGCUCUCAGAGAGCGCGGAUCAUCACGCUCUUGGCGCGGGCUGUUGAGCGUGGCAGCCCAUGGCCUUUGUGCCGCCACCGUGCGCCGUGGAUAUCCUCGUGGCCGAGGAAGCUCCCAGCAGGCGGAGGAGGCCUUCCGCUACUUGGGGCCCCGCUUGGCUGAAGGCUUCGACAGCAUCGGCCAGGAGUACAACGAAGGCCUUUGUCGGGCAUUCCUCGAAGAGGCAGCCCGAGUGGUGGACCGGAUGCUCUCCAGCCGUGGUCCAGCAGUGAGAAAAGCCAUGCUGGAUGGCCUUGUGGAUUUACGACCACCAGGCAGCCGUGAGAGCCCACCACGCACGCGGCGCAAGAGGAUCCAUCAGGCCUUGCUCAACCUUUGCCGCUAUCUGCUGGACGAUGAGCAACGUCUGAAGGACUUGGCUUCUCAGGGUUCCACCUCCGCGAUGCGGCGCUUCGUCCCGGAGGUCAUGGACGAGAAACGCCGCCUACGUCAGCUGAGCCGGCGCUUUGGACAGCUGCACCAGGAGGUCCUCCGAGCCUCCGGAAGGCCCGCACCCUUGCUGGCGCAGCUCUACCGAGACGCUGCGCGAGAGAACAUGCGGAAGAGGUGGAACGUCGCCUUCCAUGAGUGGUGCGUGGAGGCGAUUUGCCACUACUACCUGCUGGAUCCUGAGCUUCGCGAGCGGUGGCUUGCUGAGCCGGGCCGUCGCUCCCGUGUCAGCGUGCUGAGCAGUGACCACCUGGGACCGGAGGUGCUCCCCAGUGGACCUCUAAAGCUCUUAGAUCUCGGGAGCUGUGCCAACUACUUUGCAGGUCGGGCCCACUUCGACGUCACAGCUGUGGAUUUGGCUCCAGCUGAGGAGACGGUGCUGCGGGGAGACGUCCUUGAGUUGACCGUCGGGCCGGUGGGCAGCGAGCCGGUCUUCAAGGACGGGUGCUUGGUGCAACUACCGGCGAAGGCCUUCCACGUGGCUGUGCUCGCACUUCUCCUCUCGUACAUGCCCGAGCCACUGGACCGUGCACGGGUCCUGGCCAAGGUUCGCCAACUCUUGCAAGAGCCGACCGGGCUGCUGAUCAUCGCCGACACGGUGCCCACGCUUGGGAGGUAUUCCGAGGGGUUGCCUCCAUGGACUUCGACGGUGGAGGCUGCAGGCUACCGACUGCUCCAUGACCGGUGUGGUGAACCGCGCCAGCUGCUUCUCUUUCGCAGUCUCUGGAGGAGGUGGCGGUCCGCUCCUGGGUGUGCACCUUUUGGAUGCGAACACUCAGGCGGAGGCGCUUCGAAGGCCUUCAAGGCCGCCUCCGGCCUUCCAAAAAGAAGCAGCGGCAAAGCUCAGCGCGUUUCGCGCAUGGACGGGCAUGCGAUUUGGGAUGUCCUCCUGGUACCCCCGGAGCUGCAGGGCAAGGUGGAAUACCCCUGCUACCCUGGUGCAUGUAUGCAGAUCACCGCCCCGGUGAUGACCUACAUCGAUGCAUUGAAUGCCUCUCUCUUGGAAUGGGAGCGGAACAUGAGCAAAGCAGCCAAGAAGAGGACGCUGGUCAUGGGCAUUGUUCGCAACCCCUUGACGAUGGUCGCCUCCGCCUAUUGCUACCACCACCACGGGCAGGAGAUGCAGAAUCUCAUGUUCGACGUGCAACGCUUGAAGGUGCUGGGCCCCGACGAAGGAACCACCGCUACAGCCGAAAUGUUGCUGCCGGUCGUCGAGUGGAUGACGAGCGCUUUCGCCGAGCCCGACGGGGACACGCUGCGGCUCAGGUACGAGGACUUCGAACGCUCUUCGGACAGCUUCGACCGCGAGGUGGAUAAGUUGCUGGAUUUCUUCUUCGCCGCUUCCAGCAGUCCAGCUUGGGCAGCUCCACUCAUUAGCGAAGGGGAGCGUUCGAUCAUGCAAUCCAUGGCGACCACGGCGGACCUGCGGCGCGCGCCCUUCCUGGCCGUCAGUGGGCCCAAGGAGCUGAACCACACCAACGACGAGGCCUGUGAAGGCGUGGCACGACGGGCGGCUGGGAGGAUGGAGCCAUCGAUCUUGAAGAAGUAUCAGGAGUUCCAGAGGCGCCUCGGAUAUCGAAUUGGAUCGGCGUAA